AUGGCGGCUGUCAUCCACACCAACGCAGCCAUGACUUCCUACCAGCCAUUCCAAUGUCUGGUUUGUAUGCGCCGGUUCACUCGACAUGAGAAUCUCAAACGACAUGCAGCUCUUCAUUCCCGUUCCAGAAAGGAGGUUUCAUUGCCAUGUGACUUGUGCCAGGCAACCUUUUCGCGUCCGGAUUUGCGCCAUCGGCAUAUGAAGCGGAAGCAUGCCGAGCACGAGCAGCGACGAACGACGAAGAGGCCAAAACAAAGGGACGAGUGUUCCUUUCGGCCUCAGAACUCUGGCCAGCACCGUGGGCAGCUACAGGAUGUUGAUGGGCUGGAGCUGGAUACGCCUGCAUGGACGUCUGAGCCAUCGCAAGUGCAGUAUGCAGAUGAUGCAGGAGGAACUAGCACUGCGUCCAGCGGAUCACCCAUAGAGAACAGCGAUCGUAUCCAGCCUGCUCCAGUUAACCGGACGCAACAUAUAUCAAUGGACGAGUCUGUUUUGCUAGACGCGUUAGAACUGGAACGUAGCCUGUUACGCGAAACAUCAUUUACCCAAGCAACAGACCAGUUCGACAACCAGCCGCAAGCGAUUUCCACUUCACAGCCUCCUCCGGACAUUGACCUGAGCGAUCUCAGCUUUUCAAAAGACUUCUCUAUCAUCCCUAUCGCGCCCGAGAGUACCCUGCCUCAAAGCAAGUGGUUUCCAUCUGCCUCACAAAUCCGCGAAGGCUGCAACCUCUUCUUCACGCAUGUGUCACAUUUCCUCCCCUUCCUCCACCACCCAACCUUCGAUCCGAGCGCCAUACCCUCCCAUCUCCUCCUCGCCAUGCUCUCCCUGGCAUAUCAAUACGGCGAAGACCCGGAAUGCGAUGCCCGCUCCAACACAGGAACCAGCCUAUCCACCCGCUGCUACCUCCUCGCGCGCUCCCUCCUCUCCUCCACCGACGACCCUCACACAACCAGCACCACUGACCAUCUCCCCCUAAUCCAAACCUACCUCCUCCUUCAGAUCUGCGCCAUGAUGUACCUCUGCGGCUCCGACUCAACACAAGGCCUCCAAAUGCAUGCGACAAUGAUAUCCCUCGCGCGCUCCACCGGCCUAAUGCACCCGAUACCUACCGAAUCCGCCCACACCUCGGACCUCGACUCCCUCUGGAAAGAAUUCAUCAAAGCUGAAUCCCACAAACGAACCCUCUUCGCCGUACAUCAAAUCGACGCCCUGUGGUACCAACUCCUCUCUAUCCCCCGCGCCAUCUCCCACCUCGAAGUCAAACACGACCUUCCCUGUCCAGAAAACCACUGGACCGCUCCCUCCGCUGCACAAUGGGCCCACCUCCAACUCGUCUCCCAACAACAGCAUCAUGCUACUUCGAUGCGCUACGACGACGCGGUCCGCCACUUCCUCUCCUCCCCAUCACCCACAGACAUAACCUCUACAUCUACAUCUUCAUCUCCAUCCACCAUCCCCCCGUUCGACCCCUACGGCGCCAUCAACAUCACCCACUUCCUCAUUUCCAGCGCGCGCGAAAUCUCCGGCUGGUCCACCAUGACCGGCAUGCUAAGCAUGGAGCGGUUCUCAGCUCUUCGCUCAUCGCUCCUAUCUCUAGGUGUAUUACUCUCCCCAUCAUCCACCUCACCCUCCCCAUCAACUAUAUCCCCCAAAUCCACCACCCACGCCACCGCAACCUGGCAAACCGCCAUGAUCGAGCUACAGAUGUGGUCACCUAGCCACACAGGCGGCAUCGUCAAAGCCAGUAUCGAUACGAUGCUCCAGCAAGCGACGGAGUUGGCGCCCUCGGCGUGUGAGUUCCUCUGUGAAGCGGAGACGGCCAAGGCGUUCCAGUCCCAUGUGGAUUGGUUUCUGGUAUAUUUAGAGGAGGAGGGGAAUGUGCAGGGCGAGGCGCCGUGGGUGACGUUGUAUGCCUAUAAAGCGUUUUUGGUCGCGUGGCAGUUGGUGAGAGGGGGUGUGCCUGGGGCAAUGGGAGUGGUGGGGGUUGGGGAUGGGGAUGUGGAAGGGGCGGUGCGUUGGGCGAGGAGGGUGUUUGGUUGGAGGGAGAGGUGGGUUAUUGGGAGGUUGGUGAUGGGGUGUUUGGGUGGGUUGGAUUAG